CCAGACUUUAGAGCCAGAAGGAAGAGAACGUGGCCCGGUAGCUCGUGCCAGCCACAGAACGCGGCCCGGAGGGCGCGUCGCUGGAGUAAAGCUGCCAUUGAACUCACUCCCGUCUCGGAUGUGGGGCGAGUUCCGGCAGCAAAGUGAGUCAGGGGGUGGGUGUGAGACAUCGGUGCGCUCAGACGGACAGGAAAGCCACAGCCACUGCCACUGCCGCGGGCGAGUCGGACAGCAAGAAGGCACGCACACACACACAUCCAUACAGAAACACGCUUCGGAGAUGCCGCUCUUUGCCGCCAAUCCAUUCGAUCAAGAUGUUGAGAAAGCAACCAGUGAGAUGAACACCGCAGAGGACUGGGGCCUCAUACUAGAUAUCUGUGACAAAGUGGGACAGUCUCGUACUGGGCCAAAAGACUGCUUGAGAUCUAUUAUGAAAAGAGUGAAUCACAAGGACCCUCAUGUUGCCAUGCAGGCACUAACUCUGCUAGGAGCAUGUGUAUCAAACUGUGGCAAAAUCUUUCACCUUGAAGUUUGCUCAAGAGACUUUGCAAGUGAAGUAAGCAAUGUCUUAAAUAAGGGUCACCCAAAAGUCUGUGAAAAACUCAAAGCCCUCAUGGUUGAAUGGGCAGAGGAAUUUAAGAAUGACCCUCAGCUUAGUCUCAUAUCUGCUAUGAUAAAAAACCUGAAGGAACAAGGAGUUACAUUCCCUGCUGCAGGUUCUCAGGCUGCAGAACAGGCAAAGGCGAGCCCUGCCUUGGUGGCGAAGGACCCAAAUGUAACAGCAAUCAAGAAAGAAGAGGAGGACUUAGCAAAAGCCAUUGAAUUGUCAUUGAAAGAGCAACGACAGCAGCAGACCGCGGUUUCUAAUCUGUAUCCAAGCACUCCGAGCCUUAUGACCAGCAAACCUGACGGACGGAAGGUGCGAGCCAUCUAUGACUUUGAAGCUGCAGAAGAUAAUGAGCUUACCUUUAAAGCUGGAGAGAUCAUUACUGUACUAGAUGACAGUGAUCCAAAUUGGUGGAAAGGUGAAACUUAUCAAGGGAUUGGACUGUUUCCAUCAAAUUUCGUGACAGCAGACCUAACAGCAGAACCAGAGCUAUUGAAAAUUGAGAAGAAAACUGUACAAUUUAGCGAUGAGGUUCAAGUUGAGACAUUGGAACCAGAACCUGAACCUGUUUAUGUUGAUGAAGAAAAGAUGGAUCAACUAUUACAGAUGUUGCAGAGUGCUAACCCCACAGAUGGUCAACCAGACUUACCAGAACUACUUCAUCUAGAAGGUAUCUGUCACCAAAUGGGACCACUCAUAGAUCAGAAGUUAGAAGAAAUUGACAGAAAACACUCUGAACUGUCAGAUCUAAAUGUGAAAGUGAUGGAGGCUCUAUCCUUAUAUGCUAAGUUGAUGAAUGAGGAUCCGAUGUAUUCCAUGUAUGCUAAAAUCCACAGUCAGCAGUAUUACAUGCAACCAUCGUCUGUAGCAGUUUCUCAGGUAUAUUCAGGACAGCCCCCCAGUGGAGCCUACGUAAUAGCUGGUACACCUCAGAUGGCUUCAGUCCAGGGUUACAGUAUUCCAUCGGAUCAGAUUCCAUCACUCAGCCAAGCUGGUCUACCACCAUCAGCAAGCUCAGCACUGUCCAGCCAGCAAGCCCCAACAUCUUAUGCUAAUGCUAUGGACAGUUCUGUACCUGCAAGUGCAUACCUAAAUCAAGCAUCUGUCUGUAAUCAACCUGCCCCAUCAAAUGUUGAAAUCCCUAGUUAUCAGAGUACAGGCCUAAAUGGACAGCAGAUGCCAAACUACAGUGUUGCCUCUACAACCCACGGCCAACAGUCCAGCAGUCAACAGCAAUCCCCUUACUCACAGAAAGCACUUCUAUAGGAAAUGUAAUCUCUUUCAUCCGUCUUACCCUUGACAUCGGCUAGGAACAAAUAGGCAGUAGUGCAAUUUACUGGAAUAAAAAUGUCACUGAUUUGCGCAGACUGCACUGAACUUUUUUUUAAACAGAACCACCUUUUGAGAAAGGAGUACAAAUGGUUGCCUACCCCUGAAUAAGUGUUAUGUUCUCACAGUGACUACAGCUAUUUACGCUGAACAUAAUCUCCUAUUUUUUGGGAAAAAGUGGGACUGAUCACUCGUUCUGUGUACAUACAUUGAUUUACUGCAUUAGUGCUAAAUUUGAUAGCUAUAAGUAAGGAUGUGAACGUAAACUGUUGCAGGUGGUAUAUAAAUUAAUUCAUGGUUGUUUUAAAACUAGAUUAUCAAAUUUUUGUAGUAAUUUUAAGUUAUAUGUAUUAUAUAUAAAAUAGAUAAAGUUGCAUCGUCCCUAAGAUGUGAAGAAUGAAAUCUAAGUAGCCUCAUUUUGCACUCUGUGAAAAAUGACCUCCCAGAUGCCUGCAGUGAUCUAUCUUCUUAGGACCAGAACAACUACUCAAGUAAAUAAACUGUUACAGCACUUAUGCAUUUAUUUUGCUGCCUUUUCACCUCCAGUGAGUCUGCUUUAGCGUUGAAAAUAAGAACUAAUAGCAGUAUUAUAAAAUAACUUUAUAUGCAGUGUACAUUUUUUAAGAAGCAAAAGUUGAGGUUUACUUUUCGGACAGAGACUUAUUUAUGGACCACUUUGCAACUAUAUGCAGUUUCAUGUUCAGCAAUACUAUUCUGAUAUCCUCAUUCCGUUGUUUGCUCAGGGUUCAGGCAGCAAAUUACUGUUGUGAUGAGAAAACAUUUUUUUUCCCUAAAAGGAAGAAACAGUUCUAGUCCAAGGUAAAAUUAAUGUGACAAAGUUUAAAAAUAAGAACUGGAAUCCAACCUUUGGGUUGUGAACCUCCUGUCAAACCUUUUCUUAAUGUAUAUAUUUCUAUUACUGUGGUGGUGCAUGGAGUUUUACAUGUGGCUCGGAGUACUAUAGCCUAACCACCAAAGACACAGCUUUGAAACAAAAGCUGCUGUUGAUCCCUGGUCAUAACUGGCGUAAGCUACAUGGAAUUUUAAGUGUUCAUUGAGAUUGGGAGGCCUGAUGGCUCCUGUAAUGAUGGUUGAAAAAGUUGCAAGUAUAAUUUAGCUGUCAACAUUUGAGUCCUGUCUUUUUCUUGACCAAACUGAUGAAAAUUGUUAAAUUAAAGGAGUUGGGGGUACUUUGGUUAUGGUCCCCACACAAGGCUCAAGUGGGGGUCAAGCCCAUACUAAGUGCAGAACAGCUGCGAGUUUCCUUGAGUCAGGCAACUAGUAACAGAAGGUAGGCUUACAGUCCAAUUAAGGACAGCAGGUGAGCUCUCCAUUAGCAGGCCCUCCACUUUGGAAGUAGUAGCAGGAUGCCAUGGCUGGUCAGCGAGGGAGCAAGCACCCCAAUAUGAAGGUGCUCUCUCCCCAAUUUCAUCAAACUUAAAAUACAAAAAGAUCUUUGCAGCCAGCCACCAUUGAGAGAGUGGGACCCUUUCACAGGGCAGCCUGCGGUUGCUGCCGAACCCAGGCAAACAAGGAGAGUCUCAAAGCUCACCGCCAAGAAGCUGCCUACCAGGCAACUGCACUGUUGUCCACUGUCUGUAGGGAAAUGGAGACCGACUGGAAAAUCCCAGUAGGCCUUCGACAACAGGCCUUUAUAGGCCCUUAAGCAGGUCAGUUGGUUACAUAUCAUUUGUGGGCAGAUAGCCCUGCGGUGCCACCGCCCCCUCCCCUCCCCCCAUCCCGCCUUUGGGAAAAUGUCUCAGCGUGGAGGGGACAGAGCCAGGGAACAGUGUGCUGCCCUGCCACACAAAAUUUCGUGAUUACCCACCUCUGCUCCCAUCCCCUUGGGGAUGGGGAAAUUGAGUAUAAUUCUCAUUUUCAGGACCUCACUGAGGGGGAUUAUAUUUAUCUAUUUUCAGUGCAUUUGUGGACUUGCUGGGUAAUGUGGAGCACGACAUUCAGACUAAUAUACGUUGGUUCAGUGAGAUCAAUUUGUUUGGAGACGUUUUUUAAAAGGUAGUAGCUUGUCAUAAUCAUUGGCUCUAGUGUUUCUAUCCUCUAAAGACACUACCUUCAUGAAAAAGACCUUUGUUUCAGAAAGGACAAAAGCAGUGCAUUUAUGCAAGUAUAUUGCAGCCAAAUGACCAGUAAUUUCAUUUCCAACAUCAUUAGUCAUUCUGUUUGCAAGUAAAUUUGGAAAGGGUUGUUGUGCAAGCUUUCAAGAAGAUGGUGCUCCUUUAAUUUAGCAUCUAGAACUGGAGGUGCGAAAUUUGUAAAUCUUUAUUGUAUUUAAGCUUUUUAAAUGUCUUGAAGUAACUAUUUUGUUCAUUUGAACAUUAGAAAAUCAAUCACAUUGCUCAAUGCAAUACCAUACAAUGUCAAAUGUAAUUUAGUUGGAAAUGUAUGUUGGUUAAUAUGCAGGUUAAUAGAUGUGAACAUCAUUGUUUUUGGUUUAAAUUAAAUUCACAAAAACUAUACACUAAUGGUCCACAAUUUUAUGAAUUGAGCUAAAUGUUUACUAAACACUAAUUGUAGAACAUUAUAACACUAACUAAAUUGGGCUCGGUUUCCCAUUUACACAAAUCAUUUUGGAGGGGCCUUUUAAGAUAAUGAGGAUAAGACCUGUGUAUAAAAUGUUAAAAGUAUUGCGCUGAAGAAUGCUGAAGUAUGUUUCAACAAAACUUUAAACCAGGAAAAAGCUGUAAAAUGACUUGAGGGUCUGUUUGUAUUAACUUUGACUUGUUAGCUUUCAAAUAACUUGUAACAGAAUGGCUAAAUUCAAUGCAAAAAUUCUAAGACCAUGUUUUUAGAUUUAUUAUUCUGCUGCAUGUCGUGGGUUUAAAAAAGAGAAAGAAAAUACUGGUAAUCUUUAUUGGGAGAUAAUUUCACAGUUGACCUGUGAUCAACUAAGAAUGGUUUAAAUAAAUAGUGCAUCACAAA